GCGAGGAGCUGCCCGUUGGAGCUUCAUAAUCCAUCCAACCGCCUUUGAGAAGGAUGGUCUGCCCUCCCAGCUACGCCGUCCGUGUCGCCAUCCGCAACGCUAGCGCGACGCCCAUCUCUGUCGAAGCCGUCUUUGGCUCCGACCACCAAGCGGCCGAUGGCAAGGACUUUAUCCGCGAACGCGUGACGGUCGCGCCGCAUGAUACCAUCGUUCUUGGCGAGCACGAAUACAACAUGGGUUCGUGGACUGCCCACGCCGCCGUGUACGCCGUGCACGCCACGCACCCGCAGUCGAACGCGCGUGCGACAUGGUCGCCGCAGCUCUCGAGCGGCAUCGUUGACGUCGUGACGGUCGAGCUCGGUGCGGAUGCCCGCAACGUGACCCUGCGCCAGUGUUAAGGAUAACAACAAUAGCACCUGCAUUCCGUUGCCAAGACUAUCUUGAUACGAGUCCUGUCCGAACUACGGUC